CUGCGGGCAGGCAAUGAGAGCUGCACUCUGGCCAGGGAAGGCAUGAGUGACAGACCCGCAGCAAGGCGGUGGGGUAAGUGUGGACCUUUGUGUAGAAGAGAGAACAUCAUGGUAGCUUUCAAAGGGGUCUGGACACAAGCUUUUUGGAAAGCAGUGACAGCGGAAUUUCUGGCCAUGCUAAUUUUUGUUCUUCUCAGUCUGGGAUCCACCAUCAACUGGGGUGGAACGGAAAAGCCCUUACCUGUCGACAUGGUUCUCAUCUCCCUUUGCUUUGGACUCAGCAUUGCCACCAUGGUGCAGUGCUUUGGUCACAUCAGUGGAGGCCACAUCAAUCCUGCUGUGACUGUGGCCAUGGUGUGCACCAGGAAGAUCAGCAUCGCCAAGUCUGUCUUCUACAUCGCAGCCCAGUGCCUGGGCGCCAUCAUUGGAGCCGGAAUCCUCUACCUGGUCACACCUGCCAGUGUGGUGGGAGGCUUGGGAGUUACCAUGGUUCAUGGAAAUCUUACCGCUGGUCAUGGUCUCCUGGUGGAGUUGAUAAUUACAUUUCAGUUGGUGUUUACUAUUUUUGCCAGCUGUGAUUCCAAACGGACUGAUGUCACUGGUUCAAUAGCUUUAGCAAUUGGAUUUUCUGUUGCAAUUGGACAUCUAUUUGCAAUCAAUUAUACUGGUGCCAGCAUGAAUCCUGCCCGAUCCUUUGGACCAGCAGUUAUCAUGGGAAACUGGGAAAACCAUUGGAUUUAUUGGGUUGGACCAAUCAUAGGAGCUGUUCUUGCAGGUGGCCUUUAUGAGUAUGUCUUCUGUCCAGAUGUUGAACUCAAGCGUCGUUUUAAAGAAGCUUUCAGCAAAGCUGCUCAGCAAACGAAAGGGAGCUACAUGGAGGUAGAGGACAACAGGAGUCAGGUAGAGACUGAUGACCUGAUUCUAAAACCUGGAGUGGUACAUGUAAUUGACAUUGACCGGGGAGAGGAAAAGAAGGGGAAAGACUCAUCGGGAGAGGUGUUGUCUUCAGUAUGACUAGAAGAUAGCACUGAGAGCAGACGAGACCCCUUAGAACUGUCCUCAGAUUUCCUCCCACCCAUUAAGGAAACAGAUUUGUUAUGAAUUAGACACGUACAGGUUGUAUUCAUGUCAUAUUACUCAGUCUAAACAAGAAGUAUUUCAUUAUUUACCAUGGAGGAAAGGAAGAAGCCUAUUGUGAAUUUUAAACCUAAAAGAGAAAUCUUUAUAAAGUAUCCCUAAAACAAGUAUAUAUCUAGUUUAUCUAGUUACCUUUCAUUAAUAACCAUUUUUAAAUGUGUGUCAAGAUUUGAUCAAGACUUAGAACUUACAGACACACCUCUCAGCUUUUUCCUCCUCUCUCGAGAAACUGGUAGACCAAUUGUCACUUGAAUAUUUAUCCCAUUAAAUUUGAGUUUCAUAAUGGCAAAACACAAUACGUGACAGAGGCAUGCACAUUCAUGAGAAGAAAUAUAACAACUUCUUUCAUAGGCAAUCCCUUCUUUAUAAAUACCUCGGCAAAAGAAUAUUAACAAGGGUUAUUUUCAUUUAUAUUGUCACACCCAACUUUCAACCCUAACUCCAAUUUGCAAUAUUUCUUCCUCUUCCUCAACAUCCAAGGUAAUAUGGGACUAAAACCCAGAAAUUUGAAAAGAUUAUUCUGAAACCCUGUAUAUCUAUUAGUUCCACCUAAUAAUACAUUUAUAAGUCAUGUUAUAUCUCAAGAGGACACUUAUUGAGAUUCAGGGCAAGGAGACUCAAAAAUCUCAUGAGCAUGGGAAAGAAGUAACCACCAUACAAAAAUCACAAGGAAAAAGGAAAUCUGUAUACUGGAAUCAAAUGGUUAAUCUGUUUUCAGUGCACAUCCUCAAAUGCACCACAUAAGGUUAACAAGCUAAGCUUUUAACCACUUAACCACUUUGCUUAUUUUUUUUAACAUAUUGGCAAAACUGGGGAUUUGCUUGUUUGUAACUUCAGUUAUCUAUGUGUAAACAUUAGCUGAGACAUAUUUUGAUAAGAAGAACUUACCUAGUGGAGUCCUGACUUUGCAUUGAUUUUAAGCUCCACUCACUCUGGAAGGUGUUGGUUGGUCCUGAUGAGUUCCCAUCUCUGCUGCUCUCUCAGUUUUCGUGACACUGGUUGAUCAUCUUCACUGCAAGUGCAAUGAUUCUGAGUGAAUCGAAAUGCUUGACAAACAAGGUAUGGCAUAGUUGCAGAAUAAAAAGGUGAGAACAUUGGAAUACUUGAUAUUCAAAGCUAACAGCUGACCAAUCUUUUAUUUGUAGAGAGAUUGUACAUAACACAUUUGUAAAGUAUUUUUGUUACUGACUCAUUUACUUGUCUAAAUAAUUUGUUUUUCCCAUAUUGCGUUGUCUUUUGUCAGUAGAACGCUCUCUGGAAACCCCAGUUUCUAUCAUCUUUAUUGUCUAGUCUAGACUUGAUUAGUGGAAGAGCUGCAAAUGUCAGUUUCACUGAACAAAAGCUACUGGUAGUAAAGCAAAACCAAUCCCUGCAAGAACUGGCUUGUAAAUGGCUGAUAAUCAAGGGCUUUCUUUUCCCAAACACAGUUCCAACUGUGUGUCACUUUCUAGUGUUAAUGGUAGUUGUGCGUCUGUGGCAGUGAGAUAAUGGACCACUAUUAAACCUGAUUCUCUUCGGUGCUAGGAGACAGUGAUGUGCGAAGUUCCCAGAAAGUCGGCACACCAGUAUCAUGCCUGGGAGUGCCAGUGGCAUAUUUCACCACAGGUGCCAAAAUCCCAGACCCCUUUCUUAGUGGUGUGGCCAUACUAUACACACACACACACACACACACACACCACACACACACGCACACACACACACCAGUGACACAAGUUACUUUCUGGCUAAGACAGCACCUACAGAAACUUGGGUGCAGAUCUCCUAAGGAUAGACUGUACCCAUCUAUUCAAAUGUUUGCAUGAUAUACCACUUAAAGGCUUAAAAUCAAAGGUGGUUCAGUCUAAAGGGAUUCAAACUGCAGUUGGCCUUGUGGGAUUCAACAACCUAAUAUCAACCAUAGGCAAACAUGUCAGUUUGAAAAUAAGUCUGGCUAACAAGGAAGAGGUAAGCAGAUUUUUUGAAUAUGCUUACAGUAUACUGGCUUAUAAUCAUUUUUAUUCUGCCAUACAGUUUACUUUACAUGCAUUCACUUUUCCACUCACUCCCUAAAUUAGGGUUAAAAAAAAGAUAGUGAAUGAUGAUUUUGUAAUUUGUUUUCUAACAGAAAUGUCUGGCACCUAGUAGGUAUUUGAAACAAGUGCGUUCGCUAAUAAAAAUACAGAAAUCACAUUUGGGAUUUAAGAAUAUAAAUAAUUUUCUUUUAAUUUUCAUUUUGCUCAAUAUUUAAUAAAAAGCAUAAUUUCAAGGAGUACUAAAGGAAGUCAACAUAAAUGUGAAAACCGUCAAAUAUAUUUUUUGCAUUCUGCUAUGUUUAGGAGCAUGAAGUGAAUGAAAGCGUCUGUGCUAUUUUUCCCAGCAUAUGAGACAACAUAUUUUGUAUUUCACUCAAGGCUCUGCCAGUAAAAAGUAAUGAAAUUGUACCUUUCUAAUGACAUCUAUGCAGCAGGGGUCUAUUGCCUCGUGGAUGGCACCAAAUUAUCCAAGUGUAUUAGGAGACUAGGGCUUUUUCCUUUAAUCCCUUCUUAUUAAUGAAGUGCAUAGUGCUACUCCCAGGAGACUGCUGCUGACAGAUACACAGAGAAGAGAUCAGAGAGAAAAAACUGGGAAGACAUAAAUGAAUUAUACCCAGUCAUGAAACUAUGCCAACUGUCUCUUCCCUAAGGAAGAGUACAACAAGCGCCCCCAAAUUGUGAGGUGAUCCCAACACUGAAAAUGUACACAGUUUGUCAUAAGAUUACAAAAGAAAAAGAGUCACUUUUUUUUUCAACCUGGAGCCCAGAAUUCGAAUGUAUGUUUCUAUAGUUGAAGAUGACAUGUUCUUCACAGAGCCCUCCCUUUUACACUGCAAGUUUUUUGUGGAACCUAAAUGGUUGCCUAAAUUUAAGAUUCUUACAGUUUGUUUCUGCCAUUUGACGCAUUUCGUCAAUUCUUAGACUUCUUUUAUCAUCUGAGACUUUUCUUAAUGCAACUCAUAAGUGCUGGUUAGAGCUGCUUGCUCAGGUUGAAGAUUUUACAAGGAGAUGAAAAAUAUUUGGAAGACAUGCACCAUGCAAUUGAGCUAUCUGGUUUAUUAGCAAAGCCUGCUCUUUCAGGCCAUGAAACCAGGCAACACAUGUAUCGGUUUAAACUACGUAAUGACAAGAAUAUCCCAAUGUAGAGUAGCAAAUUCAAAUGCUAAAAUUAAUCCUGGCAAGAUCCUUUGUUGAACAAGUUGACACCUUCCCCACAUGUUAUGAAUGUCUGACAGAGAAAUUGCCUUUGUGACAGCUGAAGGUGACAGUCUGAGCUGGAUAGACAACCUUAUCAAACAAUACAAAAGCCAAUAUAAAUUCUGAUCAUAAGCACUAUAGAACACACAAAUUCAAAACAUUUUAUACCUGAAAGUAAUUUUGUCUUUCCUAACACGUUCAUGAUGGGAUAAUUAUUAUGAAGAUGAAAUUACUAUCUGGAAAGUGUAAUAUAACAAACUCAUAUUCUUUACCUCAAAUUUUAAGUUCACCUUUGUGUUUUAGUACUUUACAGUUUGCCCCAAAAUAGCUGUAACUUUUGAAACCUAUAAUUCUCUAAAACAAAUGGAAGGCAUUUAAUUCAGAGGUAAAAACCUGGCCACUCACUUUUGCAAAUGACUAUUCAUAGCCUGUGAAAAUGCACAUCAAAUAAAUGCUAUAGAACAUGUGCAAUGAACACUAAAUUUAAAAGCAGUUAUAGUGUGACCCUUUUAUGUUGAAAAUCAAAGAGCUAAAAAAUAUACUUAAUUUACGUAACCCAUUGGAGUGUGUUUUUUAGAUUUUCUUUAGGAUUAAUUAAAUAAGCUUGCAAUUUAUGAAAAUGUAUAAACAAUUAUUUAUCACAUUUAUGACCCACAUCACAAGAAAAUUGUAAUUCAUGACAAACUGGGGAUAAUAAACUGAACAUAUGGUUAUAUUCACAAUUAUUUAUUAACUGAAAUGUUACUCCAACAUUAGAGCUAAUGGUAAAGAGAUUUA